UUUUAGAGUCAUUGAAUUGUACAAUCCCGCGUUCGCGCGCGUUAUUCAAAACAAGUUGUGAACCGCGGUCAAGAGGGCAGGCAUAGUUGUUUUGAGCGGGUACUCAGUAUCAGCUGAAUGAAGCAGUGUGGAUAGUUUUUUUUGUUGCUUCGUAUUUAACAUUGAUCCUGAAGAUGCUGCCCAACCUAACGUCAAGAAAGAGGAAACAGUGUUCUCCUGCUCUUGAUGGAAACCCCACAAAGAGGCAGAUCCUCAAUGGCUAUAGCCCUCCUCGGAGAGUAUCCCCUCGCAAUACCGAACCUUCCAUCCAAAACAUGUGCACCAGUCACCAGGAGAAGGAGAACCAGUCACCCAUAAAAUCACCGGGAAGGAGACAACGCCCCUCCCCACCAAUGCCACUGACCCCCAAAAAGGGCUCCAGGAACUCUCUGCCAGAAGAACCCCCCAAAAAGCAGAAGUCUCCUCAGAAACCCACUGUGGCAGGUUCCUUCUACAGUAAACAGAAAGUUAUGUAUCUCACGCCCUUGGAGAGGAAGCUGCUGAAGGAAACCAAAUCUCCGCCAUCCAAACCCAUUGAGGAGAAGCCCAACCCUCCACCUUCUGCAGGGACACCCAAGAGAAAGAGAGGCCGGCCAGCCAAAAAGGUAACGGCAUCCAAAGUCCAGAAGCCCAGCAUCAAGGGCCACCUUACAGCAAAGACCAGUGUGUUUAUGGUGACUCCCGGCACCAAGACCGACACGGUGAGCUCUGGAUCAGAACCCUCAAAGAUUUCUUCCAUGAUUACCUUUGGCCACCUGAAGAACAAAGCCAAACCCAAGAUCUUUGUAGGUGCUGCUUUCUUUGCCUCUGGCAAAAAACCCGCCACCAAGAACAGAAUGACGGUGCCAUGGAAGCCAAAGCAUGUUGAGGGUCAGGAGAAAAGCAAGACUAAGGACCCUGAGAAAAAGAGCAAGGAGAAGGAACAGAAGGUGCGUUCCCCAGUUCGACAGGCUGUCUUUGUCAGGAAACCGCCACGUAAGGACAUUCCCAGAUUACCUGCCGAGCUCACAAACACAGAGCAACUGAAGGAGGUGGCCACGGACAUGUCGCCGACCCCUGUUGUGGGGUCCCCCCGAGCCCUCCUGGAGAAGUAUGGCAUCAGAAAAGACGUCCGAGUUGUGCUGAGCAGAUCUGUGUCUCCCAGUGUUUCAAUGUCCUCCCCAGGCAGUGUCUGCCUCGCACUGGAGUCAACUAGUGAGAUGGACUCAGACAUAGUGUUGGACCUCAGUGACAUCAAUCAUUUAGAAGAGGACGGCAGUCAAAGUGAAGAAUCCUCAGCUGUGUACCCCAUCUUUGGCUCCAAGAGGUCCCAGAGGAAGACGGGUCUGUCCUCCUCCCCCAGGACCUGCAGCACCCCUUCCGGCCUCCCCAGCACCUUCACCCCCUCAGCCAAGGACAGGAUCAGCGCCCGCACUAGGAGGGAAGGCAGGAAGUGUGACGACGAUGAUCAGCUCAUUAUUGAUGCGGGUCAGAAGCAGUUUGGAGCCACCACAUGUAGUUUGUGCGGGAUGCUGUACAGCGCAGACAGCCCAGAGGACAAGAUGCAGCACAGCCACUUCCACCAGCGCUUCCUCGACGCCAUCAAGUUUGUGGGAUGGAAGAAGGAACGUGUGGUCUGUGAGUUCUGGGAUGGUAAAAUACUUCUUGUCCUCCCCGAUGAUCCAAAGUAUGCAACGAGGAAGGCUGAUGAUGUGCGUAAGGUGGCAGACAGUGAGCUGGGCUUCCAGCAGAUAACCCUGAGCAGCCCCAGCACUGCCAAAACCUACCUGUUCGUCAACAGCGACAAGAUGGUGGUGGGCUGUGUGGUGGCGGAGCACAUCCGACAGGCGUUCCGUGUGCUGGAGCAGCAGCCUCAGCAGAAGGCUGUGGAUCCGGAGGACAUCUUGGAGCGCCACCGUGCAUGGUGCUGCUCCGUGGUGCCUGAGCGCGCCAUCUGCGGGAUCAGCCGCGUCUGGGUCUUCAGCCUGAUGAGGAGGAAGGGCAUCGCCACACGCAUGCUGGACUCAGUCAGAAACAAUUUUAUGUAUGGAAACCAUCUAACUAAAGAGGAGAUUGCUUUCUCUGACCCGACACCGGAUGGCAAACUCUUUGCCACCAAGUACACUGGGACUCCAACUUUCCUGGUCUACAAUUUCGUUGGUUGAUAUUGAAGUGUCUCAGAUUUUUUUUUUUUUUUUUUUAAAUGGAUGAUUUUGUGAAGACUUGUCA